GUGGGCUGAUAAUCGAAGGGGUACGAAGGAAAGCCGUUACUGAACUUCAGACAAGGCGGAAAACUACGGUUUGCGCUUGCGCCUGCGCAGUAGGUGUUUCACGUCAGAUGUUUUCUUGUUCAUUCGAAUCAAAACUUCGCGCCAACUACAAGGUUGUGUCACAAGCUACUUGUCGGUUUCUCUGUCUCCCGAAAUCGAAAUGCCAGUCGACCAGGUGCAGUACUCAGACAAGUACUACGACGAUACUUACGAAUACAGACAUGUUAUACUUACUAAUACCGAGCUUGCUGCUCAAAUUCCCAAAACGCACUUGAUGAGUGAGACAGAAUGGCGAAACUUAGGAGUACAGCAAAGUCCAGGCUGGGUACACUACAUGAUGCAUACUCCAGAACCGCAUGUGUUACUCUUCAGGCGUCUUCGUACAGACCUUCCUCCUCCUCCAACUGUCACAGCUGCUGCUAAAGAGACUAGAGGCCUAGGUGUAUUUGUAGCGUGACAGAUGUUCAAUAGAAACAUCAGGCAUUCACCAUUAAUGACAACAAAAAUUUUCUUUGUGCCAUAAUUUUGUUAGCUGACUCUCACUUUUUGUAAUGUAAGUUUUAGGAGAGCCUUUCAACGUUGAAAAUGCCUUCCCUUAGUUUAUGCUCUUUACUUUUAGUUUCCUUUGUAAUAAUCAAAUAAUUACAAAUACAAUCAUGUUCUUACUUUGUUA